AUUGUUGAAAAAUAAAGUUUAAUUAAAAAAAAUGCAAGUCAUCAUGACUGGGAUCACUUGCGAGUUUUUAAAGAAACACGAGCAUUUGAAAGCCUUACCUAUUGGAACUGUUAUUUUAAAGAUAUUUAUUUAUUAUUUUAUGUAAAUUAAAUCUCAGGGAUAAACCAUUCCUAUUUUUGUAACACAAUUAUGCUAUUAUGUUGGUUAAAACCCAUUACUUUGAUUUCCCAUAAAUAUAUCUUCGUCUAUUUUUAUAUUGCUUAGUAACUCGCUAAAAAUAGAACUAUUCCAUUCACAAACGAAGAAACGGCUUUACUAAAUAAUAUUAUUAAUCCAUUUAUUUGCAAGUCAAGACUUGCGACUCGCGAAAACGUCUGGGCACAAAUUUAUCAAAAACCAAAUUAGGUUUAUAUUAGUUAUUUGUUGCUACAUUGGGGUUAAAGAUACAGCCUUAUGCCACACGAAAGGACAGACAACUAAGCUUUAGUAAUUCCUAAAAAAAAAACAAAUUUUCUAGUAAAAAAAAAAUAAAACUGCAACCUAACUAAAAUCGAAACUUCUCUUCCAGAUCAACGGGAAACAAGUAGCAUUCCAAAAUGAUGUUCAAACAGUUACCAGCUGGUAUCAAUUCAGUUCUAAACACAGUUUAUUUUACGUUCCGAAACGGUAGGAAAACUUUCGUUCGAAUGGAUGCAAAAGUUAGUAAUCACUAACAAUGUGGAAAGCUUAGCAUACUUUUAUCACUGGGCUCGCCACAUCACAAUGACGGUAGUACUUUAAACUUACAUUCUAUCCCUCCUACCAUGAUACCGUCUCGCUUACUCUGAAAGUUCUGUCAUAAUACUGCACAUUUGCUAUCAGGUCCGGGCGGUCUACCAGCACGUCUCAAAAUUAUCAUGGUAGAGGAAGCGUGACAGCGCUUCAUACGGCGUAGAGCGCCUUCUCCCUUGCACACGUGCAAAAAUAUAAGUUUCAGACAUCGUGGUAGGCCCCCAGGUCAAAAUCAGAAAUCAGAAAUUUAUUUGUAUAAAAUGUAGGUAUUACAAUAAGCUGGUAACAUAAGUUCGAGAGUCCUUGUAUAUCACUGUGAAAGCGAGGCACCGCCACUGCUUGCAGCAGUCCUUAAUAACUAUGGUCAUUUAACAGGUCGUAGUAGAGAUCAGAUAUUGGGAUUCACUACGAGAUAUUAAAGCAGAACUGUCUUGAUUUAAGCUAGACACAGCUUAACGAACAGUGCAAUUUAAAUUUCAAACAGAAUAUGAAUUUUCGAGAAAAACUUACCUGUUUUCGAAAGAACCUUAAAGAAAAUGCUAAACCAUUAUUAAAAAUGCAAUACUGUAAAAUUUUGUCGCAACUGCUGUUCACAAUUCAGCCUUCUACGGAGUCUACAACGAAAACGCGACGUGACGGUGAAGAGUCGCUAAGUCAACUGACUGAACUUCCUUAUAAUUUUCCUCAAACAAAACUACAAAUUUGAUCACUCUAAAAAUCAUGGAAUUUUAAUCCAAAAAUAGGUGCGUGAGUAAAGGCUUAACGGCUAUGUUUACAAAAACAGCUCUGACGUCAAGCAUCUCACAUUGCCCCUAUUUUUAACGAGAUUAUACCAAUCACAAUGAUUUGCAGUUAAAAAUCUGUUUCGUCAUGAUACCAUACUUCUGACAUCUAAUAGCAAAAAAAAAUCGAACUUUGAGCCAGAUUGAGCAAAGAAAUUAAAAUGUUACUUGUCUGUCCAAAGUCUAUCUCUAUUUUCCUUAUUAGUCAGAGAUCAUUGUACUAUCGCAAAAACCGUGGGUCCAAAGAUCAGGCGAUUUCCAUAGCAAUCUAAAUUGAACUUUAUUGUUGGUUACUAUAAAGCAGAAAAAUUAUCCAUACUUCUUUUUCAAAACAGUGCCACCUGUCCGGCCCUGCCACUUUAAACAACUUUGCACUUAACACACUUUAAAUAGAGUUUAUUUUACAAAGGCAACAACUCUUUUUUUCGCUCCGCUUGGCUGGCUCUGAGUAAUAAUUACCUUAAAUACAUACUUAGUGGUUAUUACAUCAGAUAAUAAUAGUGGUGACCUUGAAAUUGAUAGAUCAUAUUUCUAAAUGCACGGCAACAGUAAAUAAAUAAACAAACACGUCCAGUUUGUAUACUCGAAAGUGUCAAUAGUAUUACGUCUUGUAGGAGUUCUAAUGAAUACUCAUUGGUCGUUAGAUCUACUGAAAGUCUUGCCGUCUGAUUGAGAUGUCAGUAAUUCAAGAGUUGUAACAUUAUUGAUAGUAAAGUUACCCAGAAACACAGAAUUUUGUUGCAAAGAUGCCGUGGGAUCCUUAAGGUGCAAUUUUGUAGAACAGAGUCAGUCCAAUAAUUAUCGGUGCUCUGAAUAUACGAAAACAACAUCGCAAAAAAACUAAGAAAACCCAGCCAACAUUUUUACAUAAAUUAUAAUGGUUGGCCGCAAAAAAUCUCAUAACACAAACUAUAAAAUGUUGAGAACACCAAACCAUAUCAACAGAGGGAACCGGUUUACUAAUAUACAAAUCACGGACGCCUAACGUCGACAGUCGUACGGCAAGCCUCAACAGAAACGGUACCGUAGUAUGGAUUUCACCGGUAAAAUUGCUAUCGUAACCGGCGCCAGUUCCGGCAUCGGAGCCGCCACUGCCAAGCUGUUAUCACAACAUGGAGCCACCUUAGCACUGGUGGGACGAAACGAGGAGAGAUUGCUCGACGUCGCGAAGCAAUGCGCGGCGGCGAAAGGAAUACAGCCGCUGUGCCUGCUCUUAGACUUGACUAUAGAUGUGAACUGCGACGAGGUCGUAAAAAAGACAGUGCAGACGUUUAAACGGAUAGACGUGUUAAUAAACUGUGCGGGAAAGGCAAGUGUGACUUCGUUAUAUGAUACUACUAUGGAAAUUUUUGAUGAGCUGAUAGCGUUGAACCUCCGUGUGCCUUACAAGAUGACUCAGGCGAGUAUCCCACAUCUCAAGAAGACGAAGGGGAGCAUUGUCAAUGUUUUCGGGACUCCAACGAAAGUAAGACCAGGAUUUUUGCCCUUUGCCAUGAUCCGAGAUGCCUUAGAAAGAUUCACGAAAGCGGGAGCAUUGGAGUUACUAGACGAAGGUAUAAGGAUGAAUGCAGUUCGACCUGGCAUUACAAGAACCAAACUUCUGUCGAAUUUGAAUGUGGCAGACGAAUAUAUGGAUCAUACGUACGAUAAUAUUUCUAAAACAGUACCUAAUAAAAAGAUUAUUGAACCAGAUGAGAUCGCUCGUAUGGUUGUUUAUGCUGCUAGCGACAUGUUCCCUAAUCUAAUUGGUUCUAGUUUGAUUAUAGAUGGUGCCGCAUCUGCAUACUAAAACCCAAACUAGUGUUUCAAAGUUUUGACUAAUUCUGUUUGUGACAGCGUUUAAAAACAAUGUCUACAAAUGUGUGACGAAGUGUGCGUCAAAAUAAACAAUAACUGGUAUGUUAAUGCUGUUUUAAUUGACUUAUAAUUAAUUUAAGGUAUUGCUUUGUGAGAAUGUGACAUUGACACAAUAUACUCGAUUUUGAAACAA